GAAAAACUUUGCAGAUAUCAUUAUUAUUUAUAUUACACAUAUAUUUUGUUAAAAUGACUUCACGCGAAGACGAGUAUGACUAUCUAUUUAAAGUUGUUUUGAUUGGCGAUUCCGGCGUUGGAAAAUCUAAUUUACUUUCGCGAUUCACUCGAAAUGAGUUUAAUUUGGAAUCGAGAUCUACCAUUGGUGUUGAAUUUGCUACGAGAAGCAUUCAGGUUGACGGGAAAACUGUAAAAGCGCAGAUAUGGGACACGGCAGGGCAAGAACGCUACCGGGCGAUUACUUCAGCUUAUUAUCGUGGAGCUGUUGGCGCUCUUCUUGUUUAUGACAUUGCCAAGCAUGUGACAUAUGAAAGCGUGGAUCGUUGGCUUAAAGAAUUGCGUGAUCAUGCUGAUCAAAACAUUGUUAUUAUGUUGGUUGGUAACAAAAGCGAUUUACGCCAUCUGCGUGCAGUACCAACCGAAGAGGCACGUGCUUAUGCAGAGAGAAAUCAGCUUAGUUUUAUUGAGACUAGUGCUUUGGAUUCAACAAAUGUUGAAGCUGCGUUCACCAACAGUUUGACCGAAAUCUACCGUUCUGUUAGCACAAGGUUUCUUAUAAUAUUAAUGAUAUAG